CUCUAUCGGGAAGCUAGGCAACUUUCGCCCGUCAUUUAACGCCCUACUGUGUAGCCGGCUCGAACCACUACCAUCCUCCAUCCUCCUCUUCACUUCCGUAUUAUUCCGUAUCGAAGCUCGGAGCGCGAAACGCACUCGUAACGGUAGGAACAACGAUCAGUUAUCAGAUCCUUGCUGAUUCUACACCAGUCGUCAGACGGACCACAGUUUUUCAAUCGAAUCAACCAGAAGGACAUAUUUGGAAAGAAGGAUGAGCACUCCAGUCAAGAAAGUUCCCAUUCAUUUGCAGAGCGCCCAAAAUCGGCUGCUCAUUAAGAAUGGCAAGACCGUGAACGAGAACGAAAUCGUCGAACAAGACGUUUACGUUGAGGAUGGUAUCAUCAAGCAGCUAGGCCGUAAUCUGCUUAUCCCAGGCGGCACGAGGGUGAUCGAUGCCCGGGGUAAAUAUGUCAUUCCCGGAGGUAUUGACCCCCACACCCAUAUGCAGUUCGAGUUCAUGGGUACAACCUCCGUCGAUGAUUUCUACCAAGGAACAAAGGCCGCCGUAGCCGGUGGCACCACCAUGAUCAUUGACUUCGUUGUACCGAAGCAAGGGGAAUCGAUCCUCGACAGCUACUACGCCUGGAGGCAGAAGGCUGAUGACAAAGUGUGCUGUGACUACGGUUUGCAUGUGGCUUUGACUAGUUGGAAUGACAAAGUUAAGGGAGAGAUGAAGACCCUGUGCGAGAAGCACGGCGUCAAUUCAUUCAAGAUGUUUAUGGCUUACGACUUCUACUUGAAGGAUGACGAGCUGUACGGCGCUUUCCAACGCUGCAGGGAGUUGGGUGCUUUGGCUCAGGUUCACGCCGAGAACGGUCUGAUCAUCAAGAAGAACGUUGAGAAGUUGAAGGCCUUCGGAGUGACCGGUCCUGAAGGGCACGAAAUGUCGAGACCCGAAUGCAUCGAGGCUGAGGCUGUAAACAGGGCUUGCGUUAUCUCCAAACAAGUAGAUUGUCCAUUGUAUGUAGUGCAUGUAAUGAGCAAAUCCGCAACUGAAACUCUUAAAGAAAAUAGGGAUAAUGGCACUUGGGUGUAUGGAGAAACAUUGGCCGCUGCUUUAGGUACCGAUGGUUCUAAUUACAAGCACUCCUGUUGGCAUCACUCUGCCGGCCACAUUCUUAGCCCACCCUUAAGACCCGAUACCACAACACCAAAAUGUUUAAUGGAAUAUUUGGCACAGGAUGUCUUGCAGCUGACCGGAAGCGACCACUGCACAUUCACCAGGGAACAGAAAGAGAUGGGUAAAGGUGAUUUCUCGAAGAUCCCUAACGGCGUGAACGGCGUAGAGGAUCGUAUGUCUGUUAUCUGGGAGAAGGGUGUCCAUAGUGGUAUAAUUGACCCAUGCAGAUACGUCGCAAUUACAAGCACCAAUGCUGCGAAACUCUUCAACGUAUACCCCAGGAAGGGUUGUAUCGCCGUCGGUUCCGAUGCCGACAUCGUCGUUUGGAACCCUAGCAAGACCAGGGUCAUCUCGUCAAAGACCCACAACAUCGCCAUCGAUUUUAACAUCUUCGAGGGUAUGGAGUGCCACGGUGUUCCCGAAUACGUCAUCGUGAAUGGCCGCGUUUGCGUAGACGAGGAACAACUCCGUGCCGUCCAAGGGCAUGGCAAGUUUGUCGAAACUCCAUGUUGGGCGCCAUUCAUCUACGCCCCAGAGAAGAUGGACGAGCUCACCGCUCCUAAGAACAACGGCGCUCUCAACGAAAUCGAACUCACCAACAAAUUGGCCAAGAUUGAACUUGAGCCAAAGUUGUGCAUAACACCAACUCUGCCGGAUUCAGCGAUAAGUACUCCGUCUUGCAGAGGACCAAGACCUGAAGGUCAACGCAAUAUUCAAGAUUCGACCUUCUCCAUUAGCGAGGAACUCGACGUCGAGAGAAAGUCAUGCAUUAAGGUCAAGAACCCGCCUGGAGGCAAGUCUUCCGGCUUCUGGUAAACCGGAAAUGGAGGAACGAAUCAAAAAAGAUACGCACUUACUAUAGUGUUCGCUUCAGUUGUGCUUACGCUCUUAUAUUCUCAAGUACCAAAGGUUUAAAUUUAAUCUUCCAACAAAAAAAUAAAUAUUGAAAAAUGAACUUGAAAAAAAAUAAUUCUUUAAUUAAUAAAUCAAUAGGUUUAAAUUUACGACAAUUUUUUUUAUGGACGGAUAUAUAAACUAGCUUAGAAAUGUUUUUGCUUUAACCUUUUUCUAGAUGAAUUGUUUCUGUUAGUUAUGUAAUAUUUAUUUAUUGUUUACUGGGAUGUAAUAGUUUUGGAGAGUUUAUUUAUUAUUAUUAUUAAUGUUGGAUACAUGUUAUGAACUGAACAAAAGGAAUAAUAUUAAUAAUUGAAAUGUACAAACCUAUUCCAAAGAUUAUUAGUUUAUUUUUCGUUCUCGUUUUUGUUUUACCUCCGGCAUACUUACGUUUAUUUUAUAUUCUUUAUUCAUCACUAAUCAUUAGGAAUGGAAAAUGUUUAACUCUACUAGAAUGUCUGUAAUGCUAAUAUUUAUAAAAAAAAAAUCGGACUUUAUUCUAAGAAAGCACCACAUUACUGUACUGUCAUCAUUUUGAAUAUAAAUUUUAAUAAAAACCUUAACUUAUUAA